AUGAAUGGAGAAAUUGACCAGAAAUGCAUCAACGAAAUUCGCAUGCUGUCGGCGGAGCUGCCGUUGAAAGCUAAUAGUGGGCACCAGGGAGCGCCCAUCGGGUGUGCGCCCAUAGCGCACAUUCUGUGGGCCUACGUAAUGAACUACUACAAUGAGGACACGAACUGGAUGAACCGGGACAGGUUUGUCCUCUCCAACGGGCACGCCAGUGCUCUCUUGUACACAAUGCUAUAUUUAACCAAGCAAGGACUAACGAUGGAAGAUUUGAAGAAUUUCAGGCAGCUGGAAAGUCUAACCCCAGGUCACCCAGAGAAACACAUCACCAAAGGGGUGGAAGUAACAACGGGACCACUGGGACAAGGAGCAUCAAACGCAGUUGGGAUGGCCAUCUGUGCACAUAACUUAGCUGAGAAAUACAACACAAAGGAGUUUCCCAUUUUUGAUAAUUACAUAUAUGCCAUAUGUGGUGAUGGCUGCAUGCAAGAGGGAGUAUUCUGUGAAGCAGCUUCCCUUGCUGGACACCUCGGCCUAGGACGAUUAAUCCUUCUAUAUGAUGACAACAAAAUAACAAUUGAUGGGAACACCGAUCUCUCAUUUACCGAAAAUAUAGAGAAGAAAUUUGAAGCGUUAAAAUGGGAAGUUCGAAAAGUAGCAGAUGGUAACACCGACUUUGAAGGCAUAUUGACGCAAAUUGAGGAAGCGAAAAAAAACACGAAACAGCCGUCAUUAAUCAUCGUGAAGACAGCUUGUGGGUACGGGACGAAGGUAGAGGGGACAUGUAAAUCUCACGGAUUGGCAUUAAAAGAAGAAGAUUUAAAAAAAACGAAACUACUUUUUGGUUUAGACCCAGAGAAACAGUUCCACAUUUCGGAGGAAGUAAAAAAGUUCUAUGAAAAUAUCGUACAGAAGAAGAAAGAAAAUUAUCUCAAGUGGGAAAAAAUGUUUUCCGAUUUUACGAUGCAGUACCCAGAGAAGGCACAAGAGAUUGUCAGAAGAUUCUCCAAGGAGCUUCCCCACAAUUGGGCCCAAGUGUUACCAAAGUAUACCACUGUGGAUGUGCCUGGUGCGACUAGAAAUCUGUCUGGAGUUGUCCUAAACUGUAUUAAUAAGAUCCUACCCGAGUUGAUUGGCGGAAGUGCUGACUUAACAGAGUCUAAUUGCACCGCCUUGAAAGAAGAAAAAGACAUCACCAGAGAUUCCUUUGCAAAUAAAUACAUACGGUAUGGUGUAAGGGAACAUGGGAUGGUUGCAAUCACCAAUGGGAUAUAUGCUUAUGGAGGGUUUCAACCCUUCUGUGCAACUUUUCUCAAUUUCUAUACGUACGCAUUUGGUGCGCUACGAUUAGCCGCAUUAUCCCAGUAUCACAUUUUCUGUAUAGCGACCCAUGACUCAGUCGAAUUGGGGGAAGAUGGACCGACGCAUCAACCUGUUGAGGUUUUGGCCUUACUUAGAGCGACUCCUAAUCUGAAUGUCAUCAGACCAGCUGACGGGAAUGAAGUGUCCGGUGCUUAUUUGUGCCACUUUAUGAACCCUAAAACUCCCACCGUUGUUGCCCUGUGCAGAAAUAAAGUGCCCCAUUUGAAGAACACCUCAGCGGAACAGGUACUAAAGGGGGCCUACAUUCUGGAAGAUUUCGAAAAGGCUACUGAUAAGCAGAAGGUCAUUUUGGCUGGAUGCGGUUCGGAGCUGCAUCUCUGCUUUGAUGCGAAGAAUAUUCUAACCGAGAAGCACAAUUUAAACGUCCGCAUUGUCAGUUUCCCAUCGUGGAAUUUAUUCAGACAGCAGUCGGAGGCGUACCAACACUCCGUGAUGAUGCACCACGAUGCUAAGAUUGUCAGAUUCUACAUAGAGCCUGCUUCCACCAUCGGCUUCGACACCUACUUUAAUGUCUACCUGGGCAUCAACCAGUUUGGCUACUCGGCCCCGAAGAACAGAAUAUGGGAGCACCUGGGCUUCACCCCGGAGAAUAUCGUUUGCAAGGUGCUGGCCUUUAUAAAGGCGCACAUGCACCCAUAG